AUGAAGCCAACAGAGGGACCAGAACCAGGAAACCACACUCUGCUGACUGAAUUUGUCCUCUCUGGAUUGUCCAACCACCCAGAAAUGCAGCACUUGCUGUUCUUCACAUUCUGCUUAAUUUACACCGUCACCAUCAUUGGGAACCUUCUCAUCUUCAUGGUCACAGUGCACCCCACCCUCCGCAUGCCCAUGUACUUCUUCCUCCGGGUCCUGUCCUUCCUGGAUAUUUCCACAGCAUCGAUCGUUUUUCCCAAGAUGCUGGUAAACUUCCUGUCAGAGGAUAGAAGCAUCUCCUACAUGGGCUGUGCCACACAGCUCUACUGUGUGAUUUUCUUAGCAGCCACUGAAUGGUACCUUUUGGCAGCCACGGCCUAUGACCGUUAUGUGGCCAUAUGCAACCCCCUUAGAUAUGCAAUCAUCAUGAACAGCAGUUGUCAUUCCUUGGUCCUGCCGUCAUGCUGCAGUGGUAACACUGUGUCUGUGGUGCAGACAGCUUGGGUGUUCACAUUGCCGUUUUGUGGGCCCAAGAAGAUUAACUACUUCUUCUGUGAUAUUCCUCCAUUCAUCAUGCUCACCUGCACUGCCACUUCUUUGUAUGAAAAGCAGAUCAUUACAGCCACAGUGCUGGUCAUCUUUACACCAUUUUGUCUCAUCCUGGUAUCCUAUGCCUGCAUCAUCUCCAACAUCCUGAAGAUUUCCUCUGCAGAGGGCGGACACAAGAUCUUCUCCACCUGUUCCUCACACCUUACUGUUGUAAACACUUUAUUAUGCAAGUGGGACCUUGAUUUACCAUUUACCAUAAUUUGGCCAAAAUCCAGUAAUUCACAAGACACUAAGAAAGUCCUAGCUUUCAUAUACACGACCAUAAUUCCCACAUUAUACCUGAUUUACAGCCUGAGGACUAAAGAAGUGAAACGAGUACUAAUUAAAAUUAUAGCUGAGCUGAGGAAGGUAUGA